AACGUCGCGUUCAGUCCGGUCCUCUUGCGCACGUCCCUUCAGUCAGUAGGGAUAAACAGUCGGUACUUCCGCUAUCUGCAGUAAUCAUUUAGUGAAAGACUCCUCUGUGUCCUCUGAACUGGAUAAACAUGAACGAACCAGCAGGAUUCAACAUUGAGGACUUGAUUAAUGCUACACCACUGAAAGGAGGUGGAGAAAUGCAGGAGCCCAAAGUUGAACAGAUGAUGGGCAAAUUAAGGAGGUUGCAACAAGGUAAAAGAGCCCUGGAAGAAGAAAUAAAGGACAUCAAAUCAGUCAGUGACUCUUUGCAGAAAGAGCUGGCAACUUUACAUACUGAAGCUUACCAACUGGAAGGAAUCCAUAAAGAAAAAGAAGAGUUGUGCAGGAAGCUGCAGUUCCAGUGUGAGGAGUCUGAGCAGGACUCUAUCAGGCAGUUAAAUCAGAACAAGAAAAGUGAGGAGCUGCUGGAACAGUACAGAUGUGAAAUUCAGGAAUUCAAGCUUAAACACCGGAAGCAGAGGAUGAAGUUUGAAAACCAACUUCAUCAACUGAUAGAGCAGCAUAAGAAUCUGCACUCUGUCUUUACUCCAGAAAGGCUCCCAGAUGAAAUAGAGAGUGCUGAGAAUACAAGAAGUCAGCUGUUAUCAGCUGAACAAAUGAAAUUGGCUCAGCUGCAGCUCCUCGAUGAGGAGCUACAAGAGAUGGAGAAACAGAAGCAGCCAGCGGCAACAGCUGCAGAGACUCAGGAGGAGUAAAACUGCCUGUUUGUUGGGUAGUUUUAAAGAAUCAGAGGUUUCAUCAGUCCAAGGGUUGCAGGAUUCUGCCAAACCCACACAACAAAAAACUAAAACUUCAGUUAAACAUCAAAAAGAACAGAAAAUUUGUUGACUUGUCGAUUUAUACCAGCGACAGCCAAGUAAAAUGUUUGCCUGCCAAACUGUUUAUUCCUGUGUCCUUGGCUACUUUUCUCUAAGUACUUGUGUUUUUAUACGAAUUGUUCUGUGAGGCAUUGGCUUGUGUUGAUGUAUUCAUGAAACCUGUAACUGGUAAAUGGUGUUUUUCAGACACCAGCAGUAGUAUCCCCUGUGGUACAAUGUUCAUCUUACUUAAAUAUUGUCCAUUGAUAUAAUAUAAAGGUGUUCAUAUAUUUAAAAAUAUAAAGUUUUUAACAUGA